UUUUAUUCUCAUUAAUGAGGGAUGGACUUUGAUCCUUAAACUGUACGUUGGUACUGACUGUAUGGUGUAAACUUGAGACAGCAAAAUGGUUAGCAAUCGCGAUUAGCAUUAGCGAGCUAGCGAUGACCGUUUUAGGUCAAAAAAACACUAACGACCAUUCAGCUCGCAUCAAAAAGUGUUUGAAUAAUCACACAUGCUCCUCUGUCGUUUUUGACCAAGUUUAUCAGUGGCCCAACUCUGCGUCCGUCUGCAAGAAAUUUCCGUGUGAAACAUUUUCCGGUGGGGCAAACAUGGUCCCGGCGGGGCUUCGAGGCAGAAAUUUUGCGUCAACCUAUUUUUGAAGUUGACUUAGCAGAGUUAUUUUGUUUUUCGCCCAGCCCUAAUCCAUCCAUCCAUCCAUUUUUCUACCGCUUAUCCGAGGUAGGGUCGCGGGGGCCGUAGCUUUUGCAGGGACACCCAGACUUCCCUCUCCCCAUGAGUCGUUCCCGGGCCAGCCGAAAGGCGUGUAGUCUCUCUGGCGUGUCCUGGGUCGUCCCCGGGAUCUCCUCCGGAGGCGUCCGGGAGGCAUCCGAAUCAGAUGCGCCAGCCAACUCAUCUGGCUCCUCUCGAUGUGGAGGAGCAGCGGCUCAACUCUGAGUCCCUCCCAGAUGACUAAGCUUCUCAACCUAUCUCUAAGGGAGAGCCCGGACACCCUGCGGAGGAAACUCAUUCCGUCCGCUUGUAUCCGGGAUCUCGUUCUUUCGGUCACGACCCACAGCUCGUGACCAUAGGUGAGGGGAGGAACGUAGAUCGACCGGUAAAUCGAGAGCUUUGCCUUUCAGCUUAGCUCUCGAUUUACCACAACGGAUCGAUACGAAGUCCACAUCACUGUGGACGCUGCACCGAUUCGCCUAUCGAUCUCCCGUUCCAUUCCUCCCUCACUCGUGAACGAGACCCCGAGAUACUCGAACUCCUCCACUCGGGGCAGGAUCUCAUCCACAACCCGGAGAGGGCACGCCACCCUUUUCCGACUGAGGACCACGGUCUCUGAUUUGGAGGUGCCGAUAAUCUUCCCGGCCGCUUCACACUUGGCUGCGAACCGCUCCAGUGAGAGUUGAUGAAGCCAACAGAACCACAUCAUCUGCCAAAAUCUAGAGAUGCAAUACUGAGGCCACCAAACCGGACCCCCUCCACGCCUCGGCUAGCGCCUUGAAAUUCUGUCCAUAAAAGUUAUGAACAGAAUCGGUGCCAAAGGGCAGCCUUGGCGGAGUCCAACCCUCACUGGAAAUAAGUCUGACUUACUGCCGGAUAUGCGGACCAAACUCUGACUCCGGUCGUACAGGGACGGAACAGCCCGUAUCGGGAGGUUCGGUACCCCAUACUCCCGAAGCACCCCCCGCAGGACUCCCCGAGGUACAUGGUCGAACGCCUUCUCCAAGUCCACAAAACACAUGUAGACUGGUUGGGCGAACUCCCGUGCACCCUCGAGGACCCUGCCGAGGGUGUAGAGGUGGUCCGCUGUUCCACGGCCAGGACGAAAACCACACUGCUCCUCCUGGAUCUGAGAUUCGACUUUCCGACGGACCCUCCUCUCCAGCACCCCUGAAUAGACCUUACCGGGGAGGCUGAGGAGUGUGAUUCCCCUGUAGUUGCAACACACCCUCCGGUCCCCCGUCCGGAAAUAAAAAAGAAAUGAAUAAAUAAAAAAAGAAAAGCAAAUAUUUUCCCUUUCCACUACCUCCAGUCUAAUGUUUGCUUUGUUCCUUUUAAACUUAUCGUUUGCUACUAUUUACUUAAUAUAUUAUUAUUUUACUUACUAAUUUAUUUGUGGUUCUUUUAAGUUAAAUUUAAAGUUGAGUUUUGGUAGUUGACGAAAUAUUUUUUUUUUUUUUCAAUGAAUAAUUUUGUUUAUUUAUCGUGAUUUGUUUUACUUUUUUCCUCCCGUCUCUCCGUAAUCGCCCAGCCAAACCUCCUGGUCGCAUUUUUUAAAUUUAAUUUUAUUUAUUUUUCUGCUGCCGAUUAUCACGGGCAUGUUGAGCACGGUGGUCAACAUGAGCCGACUCCAAGUAGCAUUUGAACGCACCACCGCAAGGCGCGAGCGUCUCCGUCCCCGUCGGUUCUUGUGGAGCUCCACGCGGAUUGACCGACGCGGCGUGCCGUCUCUUGCCGCGCGCGUAGCACGGCGACGCGGCCGGCGGCGCCUCCGCCGCCCCGCCGACUUCGGAAGCGUCGCGGCCUACCGCGAGCUACCGCGGCGACGGCGGCUACCGCUAGUCCGGUCGCUGUCGCGUCGUUCCACGCGGCAGCCCGACUGGAGCGAACGUCACAGGACGGCCACAAGUUUCGCAUCGCCUAUUUUCGGACUCCCGAGAGGACAUUUGGACCAUUUGUGCCCGUUUAACCAAAUAUCCAACUCGGUAAAAGUUGAGCCCGUAACGACUCGGCGCUACUCACCCGGUUGCCCGACUAAAGUGCUGACGUUUUUCCACGCGAUAAUCCGACUGUCCAUACAGCGGUAUUCGACCAAAGUCGCAUCGUACAGCACUGGCCAAAAUCUGAUGAAAAGGAAUCAAGAAGGUGGCGUUCCAUAAGGAGCCGAGCACAGUUUCGUCGAGGUCGGGGAGAUGGACAGGCAAAAGUUCCCGUUCACUGUCGAAGACAUCCUGAGGAUUUAUCCAAGCGCUGCCCGGGAUAAUCCGGCGAUGUGGUGUUUGUGUUGUUGUUGCUGCUGCUGCUGCUGCUGCGGAGACGGGAUGACGGACCGCCCGAGUCAAGGUAAGGCCUGCCGCUGCGUGGCGCCAACACCGCGACCACUUACCGGGCUUCCCUCCCUCACCGGAUGGGCGGCGACGUCGGAGCCCGGCGUCGGAGAAGAAGACGAGGAAGCGGCGGCGGCCCAGACGCCGAGGAGGACCCGGCGACACCGAACCAUCUUCACCGAGGAGCAGCUAGACGCUCUGGAGGAAGUCUUCCUGCAGAACCACUACCCGGACGUCAACGCCCGAGAAAAGAUAGCGCAGAGCACGCGCCUCCGAGAAGAGAGGGUGGAGGUUUGGUUUAAAAACCGGAGAGCCAAGUGGAGGCGCCAGCGAAGACUCUCAUUUUACACGGGAAACACAGAAAACUAACCAUUAGUGUAUGUUUUUUUGGAAAAUGAAAAUGCAUUACAUUAAAGAAUGAUACCAUAAUCAUACACGCAUAGAAACAUUAGGCUUGGUGUUGUUUCUCUUAUCUUUGAGUUGCAAAGCUUGCAUGUUGCCAUUGUCUUUUUCUGGGUUUUAUCAAAACAUAAUCUUUGAAUGCGACUUUGGAGCAGCCUCCAUAAAUGCGUGUUUUAUGAA